AUGGAUAAUUUUUCAAAAAAAGUUCGUGUGUUCGAUGCCUUUCCCAAGGUAGCUCCCGAACAUUCGGUCAGAUCCUCGAGAGGAGGUCUCUCGUCCGUCUUUACCAUCCUUUUUGGACUUUUCAUCUUAUGGGUCCAAAUUGGUGGGUUCCUCGGUGGGUACAUCGACCGCCAAUUUUCCGUGAACAGAGACAUCCAUCUGUCGCUUGACAUCAACAUCGAUAUGAUUGUUGCCAUGCCUUGUGAUACACUAACGACCAAUGUCAUGGAUUUGACCAGCGACAACUUUCUAGCGAACGAAGUACUCAAUUUUGUGGGCGUGGAUUUCUUCGUGCCACCUUACUUUAAUAUUAACAACGAAAACAAUCACCAUUCCAGUUCCAAUUUGGAUGAAGCGUUAGAGGGUUCGCUACGUGCAGAGUACGCUAUCAAGGGUCAGCAUAUCAAUGUGGAUGCUCCAGCAUGCCAUAUAUUUGGGUCGAUUCCCGUGAACCAGGUCAAGGGUGAGUUUUUCGUUGCUCCAAAGGGAGCAGUGUUUCCACAGAGAAGGCGGAUUCCCGAGAGCUCGUUUAAUCUCUCACACGCUAUCUUUGAGUUCUCCUAUGGAGAGUUCUACCCGUUCAUGGACAACCCGUUAGACUUCACUGCCAAAGUGACGCUGGAGAAGAACCAGGUAUAUAAUUACUACGCUAAGGUGGUGCCAACAUUAUAUGAAAAAAUUGGACUUGUGAUUGAUACGUAUCAGUAUGCUUUGACCGAGAUCCAUCAUCCCGCCAGAGGCAGAGGCCUGGCACCACCAGGAAUCUUCUUCUCUUAUUCCUUCGAACCCAUCAAGCUCUCAAUACGGGAGAAAAGAAUAUCCUUCUUCCAAUUCGUGUCUCGAAUUGCCACCAUCCUCUCUGGCUUGUUUAUCGUAGCAGGCUACUUCUACAGGCUCUACGAAAAGCUUCUUGUGGUGCUUUUCGGAAAGCGUUAUGUUGACAAAGGUAGGGAGAAGAAAGAAGGUGGUAUCUUGGAUCACGUUGUGCCUAUAAAGAAAGACUUUUAA